AAGUUCAGAAUUUAUAUCUCACUUGGUAAGUGUCUACCUUUUGUCAUUUUGGCUGUGACCUUUUAUAAUCUGUAGAUAACAAUUUAAUCUAACUAUCAUAUUUUACUAGUUUCUUUCUUCAAGCCCAAAACGUGAAAGCUGCUGUGAUGUGAUUCAUUCAUUGGGUUUUUUGCUGAUUUUAACUUGUUUUUUUCUUCAUGCAUUUCUUUCGAUGCUCUCUUUAUCGCAUCUUGCAGAUGAGCUCGGGAAAUUUAGGGACCUUGUAGUUGAGUCAAAAGAUAAAGGUGUAGAGAUAGUUGCUGCUGUGGCGAAACAAAUGCUUGAUAAGCACAUGUUUAUCUUUGGAGCUGUGGAGGAAACUUCUGCAACCAUGAAACUUAAUCAAUUAACAGAGCUACAGAACGCACGUGUGCGGUUUGCCUAUGAUAGGUUAAUCUCUGACACUACUAUUGAGCAAUUUAUUCAUUUGGAUAUGGGUAAGGAAGUUAAUCUGAAUUCCCUAGAUAAAAUAUCUAUAGAAUAUGCAGAGGCCAAGAAGCGUGCGAUCGAAGGUAGGUUUUGCGUCAAUCGGACUCUGUAUCAAAAUGUUUAUUUUUCUGGUUCUCACGAUGAAUUUUUGAUUAGGGUGGCGAGAUUCCAAUUACGAUUAGGGAGAACAGUGAACAAGAAUACCGGAGUUCAAGAAAUACCCAAAACCUUUUUCAUUGGUUAUGCCUUGCCAGGUGUUUUCAAAAUGUCUCAGAGUACUUUCAUGGGAAAAAAUAUGGGAGAGAGAAGGGCUGGGCUCAUGGUUCCAAAGAGGAGGAUAAAAAUCUCGCAUUUCGACAAUUCAGCCUUGAUACUCAAAGACAUUGAUUGGACGGCAUAUGAACCCUCAGAAUUUGAUUUUGAGACGGAGGAAGAUAUUGUGGAGGUUCUGAAGAUGGAGCCUCUUCACUUUGAUCACUGGAUGAGUUUUAAAGGAGAGGUAACUCAGGUGACAAGGCAGGAAACAAGACAUGAAGCGAAGGUUUCAGGUGGGUAUAAGGGGAAGAUUGUUGCGGAUGCUCAUAACGAUGACCGGAAACGGUCUCAACCUGGAAAUCAUAAUGCUUCAACGGAUGUUGCUGCGGUUGGUGUGGAAGUUGAGUCGCUAAGCAGUAAGGAGGUUAAUCCGGAGGAGGGUGAAAUUACAACAUCUAAGUUGCAAGAGAAUGAUACGGAAAAGGCUAGUAAUUUGCGCAAUGCAAAUAGAGAAGCAGGUUUGUCUGAUUACACUCUGAACAAGACCAAUGAGGUCGAAGAGACUGCUGACGAUUCACGAGAUGCAUCCGAAAUGGUAGAAGAGGCUAGUUCGGAUAUGAUGGUGUCAAAAGUAGAUGUUGGGAGCGCAGAUUUGGGUAGGGAUGGGGAUAUGGAGACAUCUCGAAAUCUAAAAGGGAGUGUGCUUCUCAUGGGUAUUGCCUCGUCUCAUUGUUAAGACUUAAGAAAUAGUAGUAUCCCUG